AUGAACAGCUUCGAGUACAAUCCAUAUGAUGAUCUUCGGCAGAUAUUCCAGGAUCCUCAGUCGAUAAAAGAGUUGCCGCAGCUUCUAAAAUAUAUCAAUGACCACAAAUUGGCUGUGAGUCAACAAAUCAAUUCCGAUAUCAACAAGUUUCACCAAAGCAAUAAUGAUCUUUCAGGUAAAGAUAUUUUGGAAUUGAUCCAAUCUAUAGAGACCACACAGACCAAGUCUCAAAGAAUCCAAACCUCCAUUCAGUCAAUCACCUGUGAAAUCUCCAAAUUAGACUUGAUGAAGAAGAACCUUACGUUGUCUAUGAACAUCUUCAAGAGGCUUCAGAUACUAAGCUACUCCAUCAACGAAUUGAACCAGCACCUAAAAGCUGACUACAGAUACAAAGAUAUCUUUGAUCACUUGAAUAACACUAAGGAUUUGUUGGAGUUCUUUAAGCCAUACAAGUCGAUUGACGAGAUCAACAGAUUGCAUUUGGUAAUGGCCAAGAUCGAGACAAAAUUGAUUGACAACAUUUUCAUCGAUUUCGAGGAGAUAUUGGUGUACCACAAACCGCUGAAAGACCUCAAGUAUGCUUGCAUGAUUCUAGAGCUUAUUGAUGAUAAACAGAAAGACAAAUUGUUGAAUUGGUUUUACAACCUCCAGCUCAAAGAAAUAAAGGCAAUUUUCAACAACUUUGACGAAGCUGGUUCAUUGGACAACUUGAACAGGAGAUUCAUAUACUACAACAAUACUUUGAAAAAGAUGAGGUCGGAAAAUGCAGAUAUAUUUCCGAGCAGCUGGAACAUUGAGUUGGAACUAUCCAAGUUGUUCUGCGAGAUUACGAAGGAAGAUUUAUUGGCAAAAUUGAACCAAAGAAAAGUGUCUUCCGAAACCUUGUUAAGUUGUUUGAACACCACUCUUGAGUUUGAAAAUAGCCUUAAUACUGCAUUAAAGUCCACAGACUUUACAAGAAUUAUUCUGAAGGUGUUUGAGCCUUACUUGAGCAUAUGGAUAGGUGAUCAAGACAGAUAUUUGAACUCUAAAAUGAUUGAAUUCUUCUCGGUUCCUAAAAUCCCUCCCGAGUUUCAAUCCAGCACCAGCUUCAGCGAGUUUGAAAACGUUUUAAAGAUUAAUAGUAUCCCUAACAUUUCGAAUUCCUCAAUCGAACUAUUCAAGGUAUACCAGAAGAUCUUGAUUCAAGCAUUAAAAUGGUCUAAUGGUAAGAUACACUUGGACUUAGCUAACUUGUUCAACAAGUAUCUAGCAGAAUAUCAUGACAGAAUAUUAUUGCCUAUUGUGAAUAGCGAACAAAAUGAAGCUAAUGAGGUCAAUCAGCUUGAGUCUAUUAAGUACUUGACGAUGGUAUUGAAUACGGGGGAUUACAUUAUCAACAACUUGGACGACUUAUACAAGAAAUUUAACAACAUUAUCAGUGCCCAAUACAAGGGUAAGUUUAACUUCGAUAAUUUGAAUCAUUUGUACUUGAAUCUUAUCAACAGGUCCAUGAACAGACUAAUUGACUUGAUAUCUACCGACUUAAGGUUCAGUUGGAGGCAAUUUGAAAACAACAACUGGAAUAACAAUGAGCCUUCUGAAGAAGUAUCCAAUUAUAUGAUUGAUAUCAAGGGGUGUUUGACUAAGAACUGCAAGGCGAUUUUACCGUUAAUAAUACGGGAAAGUUAUAUUCGAACAUUUUGCAACAAAGUAACGGAACUUGUGGUGAGGGAUUUCUCCAACAACUUGAAGUUAAUAAAACCAUUGAGUAUCCUUAAUAUCGAACAAAUCACUAACGACAUCAACAACUUGAAACAAUUGAUAAUGAAGUUGCCACUUUACUCCAACCCUAACUGGGAUGAUAAGACCCUUAACGACAAAGAGAAAGACAAGUCUCUACAAUUCUAUGAAAAAUAUGUUGAUAACCAGUUUUAUAAGUUGGAGAUGCUUUUGAAAUUACUUUUAACUCCAACAUUACCGAUUGACAACUUGGUAGGAAGUUACUUCAGCUUGAUUCAUGACAAUUCGAUAAAGAACUUCAAGAAAUUUCUCAGCUUAAAGAACUUGUCAGUUCUAGAGCAAAGAAAGUACAUUGACAACUUCAACUUGCAGCUUUCUCUAGCAAACGAUGAUUUAGCAGAAGAAUCGCCCAUAAUGGCCAUACUAAAGGAUGACAGCCCUGGACCUAUCAAUACCAAUCCAAGUGUCUCAAACACGAAUUCUGGAAUUAUCUCACCUUUCCCCAACAUGUCUUCCCAGGCUGAGGGAAGUAAAUCACCCAAAUUGAAAAUUAAUAACUUAGAAAAGAACCUUAGAGAAUUGGCAUUGAACAGUGAAAGUAACAUCAACAAGUUUAAUGAAAAUUUCAAAAACUUUGGCAAACUUUUCCGUAAAGAUAACCAGAACCAAGGUCAUGAGUAG